AAAAAAGCAUUAGAAUCAAUUUAUUCGAAAUUCUACCAUAUCUGAUUUACUUAAACUUCUGUUCCUCUUAUCGUUGUAAUUCGUCAUUAUGGAUAGGUAUAAUGUGCGUCGUCUUAGCACUGAUAUAUAUAUAUAUAUAUAUAUAUGGGUUCUAACACUAUUCAGUAUUAUGUACGAUAUUAUAUAACGAAAUAAAAAUUAUUUACACUGUAUACCUUCAUAAAACGUAGACAAUUUUUUCCUUGCGCGUGCUCAGUAUAACAAACGUUCCUGGAUGGCUAUAAGGUGCGAUCACCACUCGGGCUCCGGAUUCAUAUGACUUCCUUAAUGUCAACACUCAUCUACUAUGUACAGCAGGGAGACUCCUUCGAGCUAUCAAUUAGCAAAUAUGACUACAAGAAGUUUCACCAACAUAUAUAUGCUGAUGAGAAAAAAUUGUAUGCACACUAUCCAUUCAUUUAAAGAAUCUACUAAGCAUAACGAUUAUGAUACAGAUAGUGAAGGAUGUGUUAACGACGAAGUGUCGUUAAUGGAGGCCGGUCGAGCUAUUGACAUGCGAUCUCAGGAAAUAUGUCCACCUCCGUGGACCGGACUGUUUGAAGAUGCUCAAUGUUCUAUUGCCUGGUUACAGAAUAAAUUAGAAGAAUUGCGUUCGUUACAAGAUGCACAUUUGUUGAGACCUACAGCCCUCAAUGAUUCUAAUUUGCAAGAGAAAUACAUCCAAAAUCUUACAUUAGAAAUUACUAGAAUAUUUGCUUCAACCAAAAAAACAAUUAAUCAAAUCCAAUUACACUCGAAUGGAAUAUUCGACAACAAAGAAUCCCAACUUUCGUACAACGUGUCGUCCGCUCUGAUGUCAUCGUUACAAAACGUUUUCAACGAAUUUCGAAAUUCACAAAAAGUCUAUCGCAACAAAAUCAAAAAUUUAGAAGGGAUAUCGUUACAAAUGCUAUUCGAAACCAACGACAACAGUUCUAAUUCUAAUUCAUUAUUAAGUAUUAACGAACAAUGUUCGUCGAAUGCUUUUGGACAACAGUUGCAGAUGUUACAGUCGAAUCAAACGCGAACAUUCGCUGCUAUACUUAUCGAAGAGGAAAACGCUAAAAUGGCCGUACAGUUGGAACGCGAAGCAAAUCAGAUAGCCAGUUCUAUUGUUGAACUCAACAACAUAUUUAAAGACGUUGCACACAUGGCCGUUCAACAAGGCAAUGUUUUGGAUCGGAUAGAUUACAAUAUUGAGCAGGCUGAAAUUAAAGUUAAACAAGAUGCAGCGAAGCUUAUAGAAUCGGAAGAUUGUUACGAUCGAAAGAUUAAAUGUAUUUUGAUUUUAGUCACCAUUAGUUUUGUGUUGUUAAUUCUUUUGGAAAUAACAACAUUUUAAUAUGCUUGUGUUCUAUUAAGGUUCUCCAUUUUUUUGUUUACCAAAAAUACUAGUUGAUUAAACUAUUUAUUUAAUAUACAUAAUAUGUUACAUUAAAUUAUUUUGUUUAUCAUAACUUUUAGUUUUAAAAUAAUAUUAUACUAUUAUUUUGCGCCCGUCUAAUAUUGUACGAUUUAAUAUAUUUUGUUCAAAGUUAUACUAAACGGAUUAUUUCAUAUAAAUGAAUCGUGGUAUAGCAAUUUGUUCUAUAAAAAUAUAUUUUCCAUUAAAAUCCUUAACUGAAUUUAAUGACCGUUUGUUAUAGCUAUUAACAUUUUUUUUUUUGUUAUCAAAUACAUCCACAUUUCUCAAUAUAUAUCGAUACCUUUCCAUCUUUGUGUUUCUGAAUUUCUACUGCAGUUGUUUAAUUAAAUGUCUAAUAGGUAGACAGGUGAUCUAAACUUAAUAGAUCAUCUACAAAAGAUUGAACUUUUAUGUCUGUCUAUAAAUUCGUAUAUUUUCUAUAAACCUAUCCAAUCUCGGCAAAUUAUUUUUUUUUGUCCGAUUUAUUAUAUUAUAAUCUUGUUUGUAGGAAUUUUGGCUUAAUUUCAAAAAUCUUAAAGUCCAUUUGUAUCAAUAGGGGCACACUUUUUAAUUGAUAAUUUAUAUUUUUAUAAUGGAAUUG